AUGGUGCAGCCCGUCAGCUACGCACUCACUCUCACCGACCCUUUCCAGACGCGCAUCGAUGCAGAACUCACAAUUGAGCGUCGAUUGAGAAAAAAGAAGGCUAUCAGAGACGGAAGAACAGCUGACGAAAUCCGGGACAUCGCCGUCUACAUGAAGGCUUACAGGGAGGGGCGCAAAGCGGCAAUGACAGAAGCGGACAAGGCCGAGCACCGAAGGAAGGAAGCGCAGAGAUGGAGGGAGACACGAGCGAAGUGGUCGCCCGAGACGCGGGCCUCCAAGAACAGGCAGAGCCAAGUUCGGAAAAGGUUCGUUCGCGAAGAGUCCAACAAGGAUCCCGAGAAGAGAGCUGCGCGCCUUGCUCAACAGAGGCUGGACACGGCCAAGUGGAAGGCAAAGCGCGACCCUGGUGAAGUGAUGCACAAUGCGAAGAUGAGGAUGAGAAAGCACCGCGCAAGUAAGAAGGAGAAGAAGGUCCAGGAAGAGCGAGCCAAACACAAGGGCACUUGGGACGCCUUCCUCAUCAAGGGAUAG